AUGUCCGAACGAAGGUUCUCAAUAUUGACGACAACUGAAGCAGAAGAACGUCUUCAAAGGAAGUUACAUGAACUCGAGAGACUCGAGCGGGUUCAGUCAUUGACUGCCCAAGUAUACAGCCUUCUUACGCAGCUAAACACAGAAAUAGGGAAAAUCCAAUUGGGAACCGAGUCUGUUGCCAAAUUAACGACAAACUGGAUACAGGUUGUCCGUGCCGUUAGUUUGGCUGCCAAUUCCAUGUUGAUAUAUAACGAUGAUGACUUCAAGGACGGCGUGCCCACAACUGAGCGUUUGGUUCGUUGCGCCUUAGAUGAGUUGGGUACUAUAGUUAAAGACUUACGAGAAUGA